AUGGUCAACAUCAUAUCCGUCAUUCCAUUCCUCUUCCUCACUCUCACUACAGCCCAAGACCCCCUUCCCAAAGCCGACAUCUUCUACCUCACAACAUGUGAAGGGUGGUUCAACUCAAGAACCGCCGAAAUCCUCUACUUCGCAGACAAGGACCAAGUCAACGCCAACAUCUCGACGUCCGAAACCAUAGCGCCAACAUACAACUUCACGCUUCCAAGCUUCACAGUCUACCGGAACCGAACGAGGGAAGUCCAGCUGGGCAAGCGCAAAUUCUCUGCCACCAUUGGUGUUUAUGCUGAGGAGCCGGUGGGCACGGCGCAGUGGUAUGAUCUUGAUAAUUGUGAUGGUCAGGGGACGACGGGGUAUAGCGCGUUGGAUUGUCGGAUUGCGAAUUACAUUGGGAAUGAACCGUCUGUGUGGAUAAAGGUUGGCCUUGAUGGUGCUUGUACUGGUUUGUAUUUUUGUCAGAGGAUUGGGGAGACAAGUUGUAGUGCAGCUAGUUGAGAGCUAUAACUUGCAGGAUAUUUUGUUGGGAACGAGGUGGGGGAUUUGUGGGAUCAGGAAAGGCACUAGGAGUGAAAUGGAUCAGGAUUAUUAGGGAGAAUCUACUAUUUUUCAUUUGAGGGUUGCUAAGAAUACAACUAUUCCCAAAUACCAGAAAUGGUGAACAGAUAGUGAUGAAAGUGACUGCACCAGACUCUUAUCAAUUGAGUGACCUUUGCCAGGAAGAUUAAUGUCAGAAGAACAAGUCCACAAUGGAUCUAGUAGACUGUGAAUGGAAUGGAUGAGUGACUAGGGGGGUCAAGAUGCUUUGAAACGUUUCUGAUUGGCUUGAAGGCUCCAGAAUUCCCCGUCGCAUUCUAGUGGUUUAUGCUAUAGCAUUCAGUGACUUAUUGAUAUCUUCACUGUUAACCUUUUGUGAAUGUAAACAGACUUCUUAAGUAAGCUGCAUACCCUCAAAUAGGCCCGGCUGUCCCCCCCUCUCGCUUCCCUCCCUCUUUCUCACAUCCUCUGAGCAGAAACUCUUCUUUCGACCAAACAAACCUCAAGCUCUAAGAGCGUACUACACACAUUUCUAACUCGGCAUUUAUCAACACUCCUUAACACAGAAGAUAACAUCGAUCUUGGCAUCAGAAUCAGUUUCUCACACCAACCAAGCGAAGCCCAAUAUCACCAGCCUAGGAUUUCGUCCCAGCCAAAGACAUGAACACCAAGACCACUUUUGGAGCCGCAGGAAACCCAUGGCGAGACUGGCUAUCCGAGCUCCCAUCAAAAGAUUCGCCCGAGAAUUCACUUCCGCGAAUAUUAAAGGGCGUAUUAGAAGAGCGGGAACGGGAAAUCUCAGAACAGCCAAACCACUUCUACCAAUGGCUCAAAGCAAGAGAGCUCGAUUGGGACUGGGUCGCUGAGGAAGUCAACAAGAAAGCUUUGAGACUAGCGAGUUCUUACGGGGUGGAAAUCAGACCUUACACGCCGGAGGAGGUGGAGUGGCAGUGGUUUCGCUUCCAUGGGGAAGAGGAUUUUUAUGCAGGGGUUCUCGAGACUUCGAUUCGCUCGACUGGUAUCAAAGAGGGGUCGUGGUGGGGACCUGUUGAGAAGACGGAGUUUUUGGUAUUGUUGCAGACGCAUCGGUAUGAUGAGCUGUUUUACUAUUUUACCAACGAUGUUGAAAGACCGGGGUAUAUCGAGGAGCUGUUGCGGGAUCUCAGCGAAGGAAUGAAGACGCAACUUCUUUCUUGUCACAAAGAGCAUGUGGGUUACGGGAUUCAGUUCCGUUAUGCUCAGAGGGAGUAUACGUACGAAGAGAUGCGGGACGAAUAUAUCAAUAACCGUUCAUUCUACAUCGAAGUUUUCGCUGGUAGAACAACCUACCACGACUCUCUACAUUGGCUCUUGGAUCCUAUGCAUGAAUUAUUCGAUCCACUACCCAAGGAAAAAGUGGAUUCUAAAGCUACCUCCAUUCUCAACAAUACGACGUUUCCAGAGGUUCAACCGUCUCCAAAUUCAAACUCUGCCUUGAAGAAACGAAAAAGAAGUCUUGAUGUUGACCUGCUCUGGAAUAAAAUCAAAAAAUGGUUUCAAUUCUAG